AUGAACCUCGUUCACGACGACACCGUCACGCUGUCGCAAUUUUUCGAGCGAGUCGAGCGCUCCGUCUCGAAGCUGUCUGACACCCGUGUCGAGAGAAAUCUGCCGCUGGGCCAUAUUUUGAUGAACAAGCUGCAGACCCUGAACAAGGAUAACGCUGUAGUCAAAGAUUCUGUGCUGUUUAAUCGAUUUGUGGACAUUUGGGGCGAAAACAAGCUUCUGCACGCUUCGCAUGCCGACCGUGCUGUGCGUCGGCUUCUGGUUGAGUCUAAGUAUGACAAGGCACUGGAGCUGUGGCAGCGUCUGUUGGAAAAGCUGAAGGAGGAGCCUGAUGGCUUCAAAGAGACCAGAGAGGCCAGGUUCACGUCCGAGGCCGUUUUCCGCACCACAGGCAUUGUUGCGUACGUGCUCAAGACUUUGAGCGAAAAUGCAGUCCCGGACGCCGCCACACUCGACUUGCUGGCGGGGGGCGUCAAACUGAGCCCGCGGCUGGUGGAUUUCGUGCUGCAGCCGUUGGAAUUGGACGAUGCUACCACGGAGAAGGUGAAGAGUGCGAUCAACGGCCAUUUUUUCAAGCCGGACCCUAACAGUCCCGCACUGCUAACUGCAGCCUUUGUGGCCGCUACAGAGGGCAGAUACGACCGCGUGGAGGCGAUAAUUCGCAAGCUGUACACGGCUAGGGAAAAGAGCCAGGAGCCGUUCUCAGAGCAGACCUACGCCAAGCUGAUGGAGCUGUGUGCCAUAACCGGCAAGUACCAGCAGGCACAGCAGCUGUGGGCAGAAUUGACCAAGGCAGGCGUCAAGCCGACCGUCCAGACGUGGAACCAGCUGCUCAACGUGCACGCCAAGUCGGAUGCGCCCCAGAAACUGCUCAGAAUCGAGAGCGUGUACAGGCUGCUCAGAGAGAGCGUCCAGCCCGACGCACAGACCGUGGGACUUAUGAUUUACGGAUAUCUGGGCUGCCGGGAGCUGAAGAAGGCGCUGGAUUUCUACCGGGCGCAGAAGGACGCUGCGUCGGCGCAGGAGGUGUGGGAUAUCAGAAACACGCUGCUGCGCGGCCUGGUGCAGAAUGACUACGUUGCCGAGGCGGAAAAGUUCUACAACGUGUUCCGUGCAGAGGCCAAGGCGCAGAACGUGGCGUUUGAGCCGGACAUCCGGUUCUACAACUCGCUAUUGCGGCAUCUGUUUGCCAAAGACGACGUCGACAAGGCGCUAGCCACCAUGGACGAGAUUCUGGGCUCCGACACCCUUGCACCGGACGUGGCAACGUACACAACGAUCAUCGACGUUCUGGGCAUGAAGGCGAGCCGGACGGGCGUGCCAGUGGAGGUGGAGAUCCAGAAGCUCAUUGACACGAUGAUGUCCAGCAAGAUCAAGCCGAGCGUGCGCACCACGGGCGCUUUGGUCAAGAUGCUUGCUGCCAAGCCGGAGACGAUCGCAAUUGCGGAGCAGCUGGUCGAGCAGUUGAAGAAAGACAAGCGCAGGAUUUCCGACGUCAUUUACAGCACCAUGGUCACUGCAGAGAGCAGCCAGGGCAACGUUUCCAAAGCUAUGGAAUAUUUCUACGCAGCUUUGGAGGCAGGCGUGCCAAUGACGACGCAAUUCUACAACUCCAUCUUCCGGGGCUUCAGCAUCAAUCCAGAUGUGCGCGGGCUGCGCCGCUUUUUUGAGUUUGUGCAGAAGAACGCGACCCAGAAACCCAACUUUUACACUUUCUACUACAUGCUGCGUGCGGCCGCUAUUCAGGACGACCACGUCCUGGCGCAGUACGUGAUCGACGAGCUUGCCGAGGCUGAGUUACAGGACCUCGGCACCAGGCUGCCGCAGAUGCUCGAGAGGUACAAAAAGGCCGGGCUCGAUGUUCCGGCCCGUCUGCUCCAGCCUACCCCAAACCACUAG